GCCAUCUUCCCAGACAACAUUAUGGGCCUGAGCUACAGCCAGCAGCAAAACAACACGCAUCGCACCCCUGAGGGCAAGAUCAUCCGUGAACCUGGGGCCGAAGAGCCGAUCUCGUCGGGAUCCGCUGGCCCAGUCGGUGUCGCCUCCCCGCGCAAUGCCAUCGAGCACGCAGCCUUGGUGGAGGCAGCUCAGCACAAUCGUUCAGCCGACUUCUUCGCAAGGCAGAUCGGCGGAGCGAUCACCGAGGAGACUACUAAAGGAUUGGAGGUUGCGUUCGGCAAGCUUGCUGACAAGCAUUCGAAGGACGAGAAGUUCCGCGCGGAACACAAGAAGGGCACCGACAAGGGCGACUCCUACCACAGCAUCCACAACCGAGAUGAGGCCGCAAAGUUCAGAGCCAACUGGGCGAAGCUUCGGUUCAAGAAACUCAAGGAGGAGAAAGUGCACGCGAAGACGUGGAGGCGCAUCGACCGCGCGAAGGGGGAGUGCGAGCCAUUCGGGGCAAUCGUGCUUGCUUACGGAGGGUGGAUGUGUGCGUCGGCGAUCGUCGGCGCGACCAAUGUCUCCAACAAGUGCAUGCUUAUGGGCCCGCCCUGGUACAUUCGUCGCGUGCAGUCGGGCCUCAUCGAGUCCCUCGUCCUUCGGUUCGAGUUCGAGGAGGAGUUCGACCAGUGCUGGAGCCAUAUGAUGUUGGAGUAUACCGAGGGCGAGCUCGACGACUCCACCGACGCAGGCAAGCAGGCCCGCGAGGAGGGAGGCGGUGCACCCGCGGCCAAGGCCGAGGGAGAGCCUGAGGCUGCGGCUACGCCGCAGGCAUCAGCUAAGCCUACGGCUAGGGCUACGGCUAAGGGCAAGGGCAAGGCCAAGGCUAAGGCGAGAGCUGGGGCGACCACUGGGGCUGAUGACACCCCUGAUGUCACGACCCCUGGCAAGGCUCGCUUGCAGGAGAUGUCGAGCAGUGCGGGGAAGUUCAAGUCCAUGUGCCAGAGCGCCACGUCUCAAGCAAGCGACCUCGCUGGGACCAUCGUCGCGUCGCCCGAGUGGGCUUGCGCCAAGGGCGGCGCGCGCGAGCAGAAGCUCCAGAGCUUGACGAAGAGCGUCAAGGAUGGUCUCAACUCCUGGCACAACGAGUUUCUGAUGUCGCCCGACAUCGCGGUCUUCAAGAAGAAGUGCACCUCCGAUAGGCUCCUGGUGGAGUGGUCCUCCAUGCUCGCUUUGAAGAGCAAGGUCGAG